AUGUCCAAUAUUAACACAACUCUCCUCAACUCAAUUCAAAAGAUUGAGGUUGAUCUUGCUGAAAUCAAGCAAACAUUGCGCAAGCUUCAAAGGCAAUUCAGCAAUCAAUUUGCACCAGCAGUCAGUGCGGAAGAUCUAACUACAAUGCAACAAAGCAUUAUUGAGCAGAGUUCUCUUGAGCGCAUUGCCGAGUCUGUGAAAAGAGCCCAGCUCACAGAGUACCCUGAUCAGCUCGGAAAAAACGAAGCGCAAAAAUACAAUCUGUUGCUUCAGAUUCUUCACGAGCAGGACUGGAAGGCGCGCUGCAAAGAAGUUCCACAAGGGCAGCCUUUGCCCCCAUUAGUCCCUCUUUCAGACCAUGAUUUGACAGUAAAAAGACUGCAUCUCAAAACAUUAGGCCGUACGGUAAAGCAUGAUAUCAUUGACAAAGACUAUCCUGCGGCCUCAAAAGAAUGGAAGAAUAUCCCAGAGAAAAACAGGGAAUACUACAUGAUGCAUUUGGAGAGGUUGGUGAAGAAUGGUGGAUUGCACAUCCACCAAUGUAAAAGAAUGUGGUGUGCAAGAAGCCUUCUUCAGAAAAGCUUCAAGAGCGACAACCAGACGCACAAGAGAAGAAUGGCAGAGAAGAACAAAACACAGCGAGACAUAAGUGAUUCUUCGCUUUCUUCUCCUGAUAUGUCAGAAACUGGUGAUGUUGAGUCGCCCAUAAUGGCAGAUGUGCUGUCUCCUCCACCCACAGCAAGUGUUGAGCCUGCUCGCAAGAGAAGCCGAAGAUCAGUAAAUGCUUAUUUUACUGAACAAGUAAGCAUAUUAUAUAAAGAACUCGACCAUUCUGUUAAAGCUGCAAAGGAAAAACAAGAGGUUGUGCUAGAAUUGAAAGCAAUAGAACAAAAGAAAGAAUUAAAAAAUGGUAGUUAUGUUACCAAAGUGAAUUCUGCAACAUCACCGCACUGCCAGACAACCGAAAUUGUGUUAAUUUUUGUUGAUUUUACAAUACUUAUGUGCCAACAUGAGAGUAGCCCCCGUGGCGUAAUUGGAUAA